GAUUAAUCUGCUGCCAUUGUUGUGACUGUCUUCUUCGUUCAUGCUCACUCUGCAAGUGUCGGGCUUCCUUGAUUGGUGGUAGCGUUGCCGGAGAUUUGGGAUAUCUGGUAUUAUUUGCUGUUUGUGUUGCCCAGUGCCCACAUCUGAGUCAUAAGGAAGCAGCCCCAUUCAAGAUCAAGUCAUUCCCUUGGUAUGACGACUUGUGUGCAGUUUUUGGCAAAGAUCGUGCAACUGGAAAACAUGCAGAGACUGUAACAGAUGUUGUUGAAGAACUUGAAGCUGAAAAGGAAAACACUACACUUGGAGAAGAUGAUUUUAGCAAUGCUAAUAAUGUGGAUGAAGUGGAAUCUAUGUCUGUUUCAGAUGCAACAAGAGGUGCUCAAUCUCACACUCAAUCAGAUGGGUCUUCAAAGAAGAAAAGGAAAGCUGCAAAUCAUGAAGAACUUUCAAAUGCACUUACACAAUCAGCUUCUAUUCUCGCAGAGGUAAUUGAAAAAGCUUCUAUUCGUUUGAGUAAAGCUAUUGGUGAAGACUUGAAUGAAAAGCAUAUGCAGCUCGGGAAAGAGUUAGAAAGGACCACUACACUUACUACAACUCAACGUCAUAAGGUACCUCGCAUGAUUAUGCAAGAUAAUGCUCUGGUUUCUUACUUUUUCAGUGUCCCAGAUGAUGAGAAGGAUGAAUGGGCGAGACUUCUGAUUGAUGGCUCUCUUUAGUACACAGCUCGGGAAAGAGUUAGAAAGAUCAUGGUUAUUCACUUUGGUCUAAAAUAAUUUGCAGGACAAUAUAUAUUGCCUUUGACAUUCAGUAGUAUACAAAUUAUAAUCUUUUGGAUCUGGUGUAAUGUGUUAUGCUCAUAAUUUUGCAAACAAUUAUUUUGAGCAUAAAUAUGGGAAUUGGACAUGAAUACUUAUACUUUUGAACAA